AUGUCUGAGAAGUUUAUUAAUGUUGUUUUGAAUCAUGGUGAUAUACAACUACAAGGUUUAAUUGCACUUAUUAUUCUUAUUGGGAAUGAAGAUUUCUAUUUGAAUGUUGACGUCACUCGACAUCAUACUUCUCGUUCUAAUUCUGGUUGUAGUACUAGUUCUGGAUUUAGUACUGCAAAUUCUUGUGUAACUGAAAGUCCAAAGAUGGUAAGGGUGGUAGAUCAUGACACAGACAAGGCCAAGCCUCUGAUUGUUGAUGAAUGGGUUUUUGUUUUUGACAAAGUUGGUAGAGAAUUAAUGGGUGGUGUUAAAGAUGUUAGAAUUGUUGUUGAUAAGUACAAGAAGACUACUGGUCACAAGAUUAUUAUUCUUAAAAAUGACAAGACUCGUUUUAAUGCAAAGUGCGCAGAAAAUGAUUGUGGUUGGAGGAUUCACUUUAGGUCUGUCAAUGGUAACAUUUCUCGAUUCGUGCUAAAAGAUUCUAAUGUUAUUCACAGGCUUUUAAGUGGCACAUUACUUGUUGUAGGCUUUUUAUGGAAAUUACAUAUUCUUGCUUGGUUGAAGAGUCAUGCGGUGAAAACCAAGUUAGUCAAGCAUUUGAUUGCCGACAAUAUACAGGGGGAUCCUAGUCUAAAACCCAACCAUAUCAUGUCACUUUUUAAGAAGAUUUAUGGGUCCAAUAUCAAGUAUCACCAUGCCCGUAGAGGGAAAGAAGCCGUAUUUGAAGAGCAGUUUGGCGAUGACGAGAAGUCGUAUAGCGGUUUAACUUGGUAUGUCCAAGCCAUUGAGCAAACUAAUUCUGAUAUCUAUGUGAAGUUUGAAUUUGAUCAUGCAACCAGAAGAUUUCAGAGGAUCUUCAUUUGUUUCGGUGCUUGCAAGCAUAUUUAUAGAUACAAGGGUGCUUUGAUGGAUGCAACAUGUAUCAAUGGGAACAAUGAAUUUUACCCAUUUGCAUUUGCUCUUGUUUCUACUGAAAACAAAGAUAAUUGGUUUUGGUUUCUAGAGAAUCUUAAACAAGUUGUCGAUGAUCGUCAGAUUGUUUUCCUUAGUGAUCGUGGAGAAGGACUUUUGCAGGGCAUUCCAAUUUUUUUUCCUAAUUCAUAUCACAACUAUUUCUUUUACCACAUCAAGUGCAAUCUCCCCAUUGGAUCAGGUGAUGCGAAUUCAAAUUCCUUUAUUGAUUUGUUUUACAAAGCUGCUUACUCUUACACAACAACGAACUUUGAAGAAGCUUUGCGGGGCAUGCAUGCAAUUGAAUGUGGACAUGUUGCUAACUAUAUCAGGACUAUUCCAAAGAAGAAAUGGGAAAAUGCAUUUUUCCCUAUAUGCAGAUAUAGUGCUCACUCUUCAACUCUUGCCGAGUCCUUCAACAACUGGAUUCUUGAUUUCAAAAAGUUGUCUGCUUUUGCUCUUCUAGAUGCGAUACAGACAUACCAGGAGAUCAUCUUUCCAAUCACCAAUAAUGAAAAGCCGCGGGCUUAUGAUCCUAAUGAUAGGGUUAUUGUUCCUAAUCUUGUUCCUCCACCUGGUAAACGAAGAACACAGCGUAUCAAGAAUGCUUGGGAGAAUCAAAUGAGGCCUAUGAUGUGCACAAAGUGCUUCACCCUUGGUCACCACGACAGAGCUACCUGCCCCAUGAUUUGA